CUAUUCUUCAAAAGCUAAAGCCUAUAUUUUUUAUUAUAUAUUUUCUACCCUUAUAUGUAGUGAUGGAGCUACCACCACAUCAACCAAAACCAACCCCACGGCCACCAAUAGCACCACCAUAUAUGCUGCAAGAAACACCAUAUGCACCUUCUUUGUAUCCCCUACUCCACACACAAAAUUGUCUGCAACUGCAUUUCAGAAAGUCUCUGCUCUCUUGUCUGCCACUUGCCGGGCUGUUUAAUUUUUCCACCACUCUCCUUCCAUUUUGUCAAUCUUAAUUUGUUGAGGCAAGAAGAAGGAUUUUCCCUACACGUUUUCACCACUCCCUUAUCCAUCUUUUAAUUUGCAUUACUUUCAUAACCUUCCUGAUUGUUCCUUUAUCACAGACUGCAUAAGGAAAAAGUCAGAAAGAGAAAAAAAGUAGUCAACAACCAGACUAUAAAUAUGGCCAAUUCAUGAGGAUUCAAUUCAAUCCCUUGAACACUUAACUACCUCUGCAUAGCCUUCAGGAUUCAAAUUUAAACACACAUGUCGCUUUCCUGUGCAAAAACCUUCUUCCAGAGGUUCUGGCUAGAUGAAUACCAAAUGGGUAAUAUUCCCCACGGAAGCUUUUUGGCCAAUGAUGAUCUCCUGCCAUCUCUUGGAGCCAGAAUUAACCAGGAAAUUAGACUUAGAAGAUACGUAAUCUCCCCUUUCAAUCCCCGCUAUAGGGCUUGGGAGUUGGUACUGGUUGUUCUAGUCAUAUACUCAGCUUGGAUUUGCCCAUUUGAGUUUGCCUUUCUGCCUUACAAGGAAGAUGCUCUAUUCAUCAUAGACAACAUUGUCAAUGGCUUCUUUGCAAUUGACAUAGUGUUGACAUUCUUUGUUGCAUACCUUGACCACCAUUCUUAUCUUCUUGUUGAUGAUCCCAAGAGGAUUGCAAUCAGGUACCUAUCUUCCUGGUUUGCCUUUGAUCUCUGCUCAACAGUACCCUUUCAAUCCUUCAGCUUCCUCUUCACGAAUAGUAGCAGUGAGCUCGGCUUCAAAGUUUUUAACAUGUUUCGGUUAUGGCGUUUGAGACGAGUCAGUUCUCUGUUUGCAAGGCUCGAAAAGGACAUUCGCUUCAAUUAUUUCUGGAUUAGGUGCACAAAGCUCAUUGCUGUGACCUUGUUUGCUGUGCACUGUGCGGGAUGCUUUAACUAUCUCAUUGCAGAUAGGUACCCAGAUUCCAAAAGAACCUGGAUUGGUGCAGUGUACCCAAAUUUCAAAGUAGAAAGUCUUUGGGACAGAUAUGUCACUGCAAUAUACUGGUCCAUUGUCACUCUUACUACCACUGGCUAUGGGGAUUUACAUGCUGAGAACACAAGAGAGAUGCUGUUUGAUAUCGCUUACAUGCUGUUCAACUUGGGUUUAACAUCAUACAUCAUUGGAAACAUGACGAACCUUGUAGUCCACUGGACCAGCCGUACCAGAAAUUUUAGAGACACAGUGAAAGCAGCUUCUGAAUUUGCAUCAAGAAAUCAUUUGCCCCACCGCAUACAAGAUCAGAUGUUGUCACAUAUAUGUUUGAGGUUUAAAACCGAAGGACUGAAGCAGCAAGAAACAUUGAAUGAUCUUCCAAAGGCAAUUCGUUCAAGCAUUGCACACCAUCUGUUUUUUCCUGUCGUGCAAAAGGUCUACCUUUUCCAAGGAGUCUCACAUGAUUUCCUUUUCCAACUGAUUUCAGAUAUGGAAGCUGAAUAUUUCCCACCCAAGGAAGAUGUGAUACUACAAAACGAGUCCUCUACGGAACUUUAUGUGCUGGUUUCAGGGGCAGUGGAUCUGGUUCGCUACAUCGAAGGGCAUGAUAAUGUUCAUGGGAAGGCAGUUGCAGUCGAUGCGUUUGGAGAGAUUGGAGUUUUGUAUCAGAUACCCCAGCCUUUUACAGUUCGCACAACAGAACUUUCUCAGAUUUUAAGACUCAACAAAACAUCCUUAAUGAAUGUUUUACAAGCAAAUCCAGGAGAAGCACAAAUUAUAAUGGAUAACCUUUUAAUGAGGUUGAAGGGGCGUGAAGAUUUUGGCUUUGAAUUCCCGUGCACAGAUUCUGGGCGGUUUCCAAAUGAACUGCUUCAAGGAGAUCAUACGAUACGAAGCUCUUCUCACGAGUGUUCAAAUAAUUCACAUGAACAUUCAUUAAUGCGUGAAGGAGAGAGCAUAGAUAUUAGAAAGUCUGAGACCAGUUUGCGUAAUGUGACUAAUGAUGAUCAUUUAGUCACUAAACAUAGCGUGAUCCCCGAGCAUGAUACAAGAGAAGCUCGUGGCCCUGCACACAAAGGGAAUCUAGAUAUUGUUGAAAUUCUGCUGGAAAGAGGAUCAAAUCCUAACGCAAAUUCCAUAGGGUGGACACAAAAUGCUCUGGCGAAACAGCUGAAAAACAAGAGCAUUUGUGACCCAAAAAGGAGUCAUGAAAACGAGAAGUUGGAUGAAUUUAGAAUAGAGAUAGAGGAGCCAGAAAUCUUCCUUGACAGGGAUAGCUCAACGAGAAACAGAAGACAUGGUGGUAUUAGAUCUAUUAAGUACCCAAAAGAAAACAUAAGCACAAACUCCAAUUCAAGAAAUUCUAAGUGUCCAAGUGAUAUCGAAACGGCAAGGCUUCCCAAGAAGAGAGUAACAAUCCAGUUGCUACAUGGAUGCAGGAGUAGCUCACACGGAAGCCACGGAAAAUUAAUAAUCCUGCCCGAUUCGUUAGAAGAGCUGCUCAAAAUUGCCGGUGAAAAAUUUGGCGGCUUCAACCCUACAAAAGUAGUAAAUACAGAGAAUGCAGAGAUAGAUGACAUAAAUGUAAUCCGAGAUGGAGAUCGUCUCUUUCUUCUGUGCGGCGAUAACGAAACUUUGAGUUGAUGAUGCUAAGAAGAUAGAUAACAUCUUUAGGAACAUAAUGACAACCGUGUAAGCGAAU